CGACCUUUGCCCCCCCCACCCUGCCCUUCUCCUUAUCGUGCAUUACCAGUCGUCCUCGUCCUCCCGUCCCACUCACCGCUUGUGUCCCUUGUUUUUUGUUUUUUUCUGGAAAUGACAACUGAGGACGUUCAAGCUAUUGAACAAAGCAACAAAAAAUAAAUAGUUGGCCUGCACGGAUGUCACGGAGAUCGAGGCAUGUAUUGUAAAUAAAUGGAAAACAUAUUUGUCCCUAUUUAUUUAAACUAAUAAGCCUUUUAAGCACCAGUCAGAAAAGAGUACAUGGCCAACCAACAUGGUCACCAUUAAUAAUGUUUUGUACGUAGAACCAUUUAAACACUGGUAUCUGUUUGACGUAUGGAAGAAGUAUGGGAAUCACAAAUGUGGAUGUAUAAACACAUGAAAUCCCAUGUUAUCUUUUAAUCAACCAGUAGUUCUCUCAUAUUAGUCUGUAGAAUACAUAUAUUUUCUUUAUUUAUAACAGUUAAGCGUAUAAAAAAUCAAUCAUCCAUUUAGGUAAAGAAUACCCAAAUGAAGCAUCCUUCACUUCAUAAGAGACUUUGUUUGCAACCUUUACUCUCAGGACACGUUGUGCUUCUUUUUUAAGGCCACGAUGAUGCCGCUGCGGCAAACCUGAAGUUGAAACAAGAAGCCUUUUAGAACAUCCGGCUACCUUUGAGGAAUCAUAAUCCUGCGUGUUGAGUCAGAGCCCUCCGUGCCUCUCUGUGCCACGAUGGAGGUGUCACAUCCCGGAUGGAGGGAUGAGCCCCCUGUGGCUUCUCUCCGUGUAUGAGCCCCCGAAUCGUCUGUCUGGUUGUGUGAGUGUGGGUGCAUGUUGGGGGAUUUGUGUCGGUCCAUUGGUUGUGUGUGUGUGUGUGUAUGUGUGGACAGGUCUGUGGCCACUCAGUCAGUACUUUGCUUCGAGCCAUUGUACGACCGUGUGUGGGAGUGUGUAUGGGAGGCUGGUGGUGUGUGUGUGUGUUUUAGUUUUUUGUGGUUUCGGGACGGUUUUGUGCUUUUUGACAUUCAACAUGGCAACUGUUACCAUGCGGACAGAACCCAACAAAGACAUCACAGCCCCCAGAACCUCAGACUACAGCACGUUUACAUCCUCGCGUGUACGAUAUGUAUGAUCAAAAAACACCACCAUGCACAGCACAUCACCAUGAAGCAGCCAUCCAUCAUUUUUCCUUUUCCUCCCACAUACAUACCUGAGUCCGGUCGCCAUGGCAACACGGUCAGUUUAGUAACCGCGACGUCCUUUUUCCCCCGGCAACGUCCUCCUGCUCCUGGAGGUUCUCUAGGUGUCAGAUCAGGAAUCUGUAAUAACGGUACCCAUCUAUUCAAUCCAGUUCUACUCUUUACACUUGAAUGAAACCCUUUUAGUCGAGAUGAAACCUUCCUGCCCCCGAUGAACCUUCCAUUUGCUAAACACAAGGACGGGUCACGGUGGCCUUGGGCGGCGUUUGGACACUCCCUUUAGCUGAAUGUCAAAAUACACAUAUAGCUGUUAUUUUCAGCGUGUUAAAACACCUACUGGGGGAGACAGUGACGUUAACAUGGCCUCUCUCCCCUAUCAGCUGCUAGUCAGUCCUACAUCUCCUUCUAUCCUCAACCCUACACCCUGAGCCCUAAGUCCUUAAAAUGAUGUCUGCCAUUGUUCUUCAUUUACUGUUAAAAAACCUCACUGUGACAAAUGUAUUUAAUGAAGAUCAUGUUCUUAUUUUUUAUAAAUCAUGUAAUAUUUGACUUAUCAGGCUAAUUUUCAGUCACUUCCAGUCAGUGAAUGCAGGUCAGGCGAGGAUCCAAACGCUCAGAAUCAACAGAGCGCUGAGUUUCUGUUGAAAAUGACAAUGUAAAAUGAGCAAAGCCACACGGACAGCGCGUCACGCCGCUUUGAGCGCUCCUCCGGCGGCGCCUCGUCCCACGUCGAAAUGCAAACGCGCAGUAAAACGGAAUAUUGUACUCUUAAGACAGGAAGCCAAGGCUAAAGAGAGAAAUGUUCGUUUCCCUGUUUUUGGGCCAGUUGGGGAAUUAAAGAGAGCAGGAUCCCGCUCCAUCUGUGCUGUGAAUAAUUCAGUCAACGCGGCGAGGCUGGUGCGGUGCGAGCAGACCGGCGCUCCCGUGGGACAACGCCUCCCGCUCCCACCUCAUCACGUGACCAAACGAUAAUCAGGGCUCAUCGCUCCUUCUUCUUUUUAAGCAGCCCUCGCUACGCUACAGACUGAAACAAAUGCAAAAGGGAGUCAGAGGGGAGUCCGGUCACUUGUUGCGGGCAUUGUGUGGAUAUUAUGAAUAACGGAAAACCACAUAAUUGAUCGGAAAGUAAGAUGUCAUCUCAGUACGCUUCCUUGCCAAAUGAGCUCAUUAUCCUCCAUCUGCCAAGACAGUCGACGGGUUAAAUGGGACAAAAUGGACUUUGCAUGCAGUGACUUCCGCGCUGCGAAAGGCUUCAUACAUCAUUGUGAAUGAGCCCAGCAGUAAUCUGAAGAGUCGACGCUCUAUUCUUCCUAAUUACAAGAAAACAAUUGUGUUGUAACCUUUCUUCUUGUUUCUCCUUUAUCACUUCUCUGUACUUACAGGACCUCUGCACCUGAUUGUUGCUCAUGUAGAGAAUCUACACACAUACGUAUACAGUAUGCAUAUGUCUUUUUUUUAUUGUUAACCCUUGAUUCCUCCAUAUUAUCACCAGUUCAGGGUUGAAACAAUAUCAGUUUACUCUUCAUGAGGAAGACUGUUAAAUCGGUCAUGUGCUGUCUUGUGCGCUUCUUCUGAGAAAGGAAACCUUAUGAUAUCAUGAACAUAAUUGUAGCUUCUACAAACAAACUUUUGUAAAAGAAUGUAGUUUCAAACAUGUGGAGAGUCAAACUAAAUGAUGCCACCUGUAGCAUUGUUAUUUUUUUGUAAUAUUUAUAUCCGCCUUGUUUUGGUUUCCCUCAUAAAUCCCUCAACUUUAUGGAUGAAGUCCUAAAGAGUUUAACUUAGUCGUAAACAACCCUUCUGUGUGUUGUAUGUUAUUUGGGAAUAAACGAUGGGAAUGACACCACUGUGCUCUCACGCACAUCCUCUGGUGGGGAGAAAUGACGCAUUAACUCCUUUUUAGUGUCCUGGAGCUCUUCGGUGUGUUGAUGUGCGACAGCGUGUGAACAGACUCCCUCGGCGGAGCGUUUUUUUUCCCGUGAGGACGUACGCCGCCUCCAUGAGGGCGGUGGCAAGGUCGAAUACGAGGUGGAAGGUCACGCAGAUGCGGCGUCCUCUGUGAAAACGGCUCCCUCUGGUUGUCUCCAUCGGCUCUAGUCUGCUCUGAGCGGGUUUGUUAGCGCACCGGAGCGAACGUCCCGUCCGGUGUGGGCCAGUCGGCGCUGCGUUUGAUGCGCUCUGAUUGGCCUGUGUGUCUGGAGUGACUCUGCACCUGAACCUGUUGCUAUGGCAACAACCCAGUUGUGUGUGUCUGUGUGUGUUUGUGUGUCCCUCUCUCUCUCUCUCUAACGCUUUCCACGACUUGUUUCACUCCGUCUUAAACUGGUGGAGAGUCACUUGCAUGUUUUUUCUUUUUUGAGUGUGGGAGUAAAAACUUUUUAUUUUACUGUGAAAUUUCAUCACAGACCAACCGCAUUUAUUUGAAUACUUUAACAACCCCAAGGAGGACACCAUACUGCUGUACACAUCUCUCCAGAGGUGCUGGGGUUUCUGACCGCCAUCGGACUCUUCAUCAUCCUCGUCACCCUCCUGUUCUGGUACCUCAACAGCAAGUUGGCUCUGGAGAGCCCGGCGAGCCUUCAGUGCCUCGAUGACUUCAGGAAGAAAAACGAGCCGCAAGGCAAGGCCUACGCCGACGCCGACCUGCGGGACUCGUCGUCGGACAGCGAGGACGAGCUGAUGGGUCAGUAUCAGGAGGCGGUCAGCCGCUCACAGGGCCUGCGGGGAGGAGCCAAGGCGCCCGCCAACGCCAAGCAGGCGGGGGGCUUCCGCUGGGAGAGCCGUCCGAAGUACAGCCCCCUGACCGCCGACUACAACGGCUACAGCAGCGACGCCUCGGCCGACGCCGCCAACUGCAUCCAGAGGAUGAGACGAACGCCGCCGCUGGACGAGCUCCAGCCCCCUCCCUACCAGGACGAGAACGGCUCCCCCAGGAUGUCCUGCACGCUGUCGGACCUGGGGGACGCCAAGUGCGACCUGUCCUACACCAGCGGCAGCCCCCGCCUGUCCUUUGGCAAAUGCCCCAGCGAGUGCAGCGACGGCCCCGAGAGUUACCUCAACAAGGGCUACGAGGAGGACGUACCCAGCGACAGCACAGCUGUGCUCAGCCCCGAGAACAUGUCGGCCCGGGGUUCAGCCGCUCGGCUGCCGAAAGGUUACGACCCGGAUGCGCUGGCCAAGCACGGCACUCUGGACGCGGUGUUCGACUACGACUCGGAGGACCAGCAGCUGGCGGUCACCAUCAUGGCGGUGUCGGAUCUCCCCGCCGCGAAGCGCACGGGCAACAUCUCCUGGCAGGUCCACCUGGUGCUGCUGCCCACCAAGAAGCAGAGGGCCAAGACGGGCAUCGCCAGAGGCCCCUGCCCGAUCUUCACCGAGACCUUCCACUUCAGCCACGUGGAGUCGGAGCUGAUCGGCAACUACGCCGUCCGGUUCCGCCUUUACAGUGUGCGGCGGAUGAAGAAGGAGAAGGUGCUCGGGGAAAAGGUGUUCUACCUCACCAAGCUCAACCUUCAGGGCAAAGUGUCCGUGCCGGUCAUGUUGGACCCCUGCUGUGCUCUCCCGGGCGGUGAAUCGCAGGUCAGCCUCUCGGACACGACAUGCAGUGAAAGCGCCUCAUCAUUCCAGUCAGUGAGUCAGACUUCCACACCAGAGAUCCUCGUGGGCCUGGUGUACAACGCCACGACAGGUCGGCUCUCCGUGGAGAUCAUUAAAGGCAUUCACUUUAAAAACGCCGCCAACAAGCCACCCAUUGUCAGAUGGGCUGUUCUGUUGUCUAAAACACUUGAUAGGUGGACAGGUUUAUAUAAUCAGAGAUACAUACGUCAAGCUGACCUUACUGAACUCCAUGGGCCACGAGAUGUCCAAGUGCAAGACCUCCAUCUGUCGAGGUCAGCCCAACCCCACCUACAGGGAGACCUUCGUCUUCCAGGUGGCCCUCUUCCAGCUGUCGGACGUCACGCUCAUCCUCUCCGUCUACAACAAGCGCAGCAUGAAGCGCAAGGAGAUGAUCGGCUGGAUCUCGCUGGGCCUCAACAGCUCCGGGGAGGAGGAGCUCACCCACUGGACUCAGAUGAAGGAGUCCAAAGGACAGCAGGUGUGCCGCUGGCACAGCUUGUUGGAGUCCUAGCGGCAGGGGGUUCAGCGGCGAUGGAGGAAGGCCACUCGCCGCCUUUCCGGCACAAUCUCACCGACAGCCAUCGAUUAAGUCAUAAGGCCUUUUCCUUCUCGUGGAUCGCCUUGUAAGGAACGAUAGGUCUCUGUAGACGGCACUCUGUUUUUAUGUGUUGGAGCCGUUCCAUGGGCGCGGCUCUGGACGAAGCUGUCCUCAUUUUGUUUAAUCCAGCACAAACCGACCUUUUAUCUGACAGGUUCCCAACAUGCAACUUGUUCGACAGGUUUACGUCACGACUUUAGGGGUCGACCGAGGGCAAAGUUCCCUUUUGAGAAGCCACUCACCACCUCACUUUGCACCGCCGUCGCUAAAGGCCUUAAACAUCUCACCGUGCUGAGCGUAAGGCAGCGCUGUGCGGUUGUUUGCUGGUGUUGUUAGAUCAUUAUUUGGUUUUGAAUUUCUUCCGGUGUCUGUUCUCGUAGAGAGAGGUGUGGCUAAAUGAAGCUACGCCAUUGGCCACAUAUUAAUCACAACCACCUCUCUUUUCUUUGUUUUUUUUAAUUGAAUCUGGAUACGAUUUAGUUGUUUUCACCUUGUUGUUAAUGCCUCUGUUUAAAUCCCGCCACAUCCAAACGUUUCUACUUCAUCAAUUGUCUCCUGCAUUAGAAGUGACCGAUGAAGCGGCGGCCAUGUUGGGUGUCGGCGGAUGUCAGAGACCGCAGCUGAAUGAGAUCGCUCUCACGGAUCCGCUCGGGCGCCGCGUCUCUCCCUCGUCUGAGCUCCGGCGGAAGCAAACAAAACAUCAACUAAAUCACUUUAGACAUCCGUCGUCAGGCAAAUCCAAUUCGCGACAUACGACCUGACAGCGGAAGUGUCGCGGCUGAUGUCGACACCGAGCUCUCUCGGAUGACAUUUGCAUUUCACAUUGUUAGAUAUCUCUCAUAAAACAGCAGUUUGCGGAGGCGCUGACAGACUGACGAGUGUUAUAUUUAGAAAAAGACAAAGUAGUUUUGCCGCGGUGGUUUUGUGUGAUGUUGAGUUUCCAUCCACAACUCAAAAGUCACACGCAACGUCAAAAACAUAUUCAAAGACGUUCAACAAUAAUAACGCCUGCCAUGUCAUGUGACCCGCCGCCCCGCUCUGGUGCUAACGGGGGCUGUGGCUGCUCGCCUUGCCUUACGGUUACGCCACUUUACAGGUUUCUGUAAGUGUGGACUCACACGCUCAGAGCGCACACACCUGCACCCAUGAUAACAGAAAGCACCCACGGCACCCGCCCUGCCUCACCCGGGGGGGGAUUUUUGUUUUUUUUAGCCACGGCGACUCCCCCGAUUCCUGUCGUUUAAGGACAAACGGAUGAUGCGUGGACUCCUUGCUGUGCCUGUAGUGAAAGCUCGCUUUGUGCAGUGUUUACCGUGUGUGUGUGUGUGACUGGAAAGGGGCAGUAAAGGGGGGCUCGAUGUAGGUAGUCGUUGCAUUUUUCUCGCUGGCUGUGUGACAACUUCUGAAUUUAUUCACCCACUUCUCGAUGGUUCCGCCGCAUACUUUAUAUACAGUAAAUGUUUUCAUAUCUAUUUUUGUAUCGAUAAUGACAGUUCCACAGUGGAUCAGAUGUUAACCUGCAGCUUUGAUGCGUUUUUUUUUAGCGCAGCCUUCACGGCGGCGGCGGAACACAGCUGGUGAACGAGAGAGAUGCGUCCCAUCAUUUGAAUCCUACAGUAAAUAUGAUCGGCCCGGAUCCUCCGCCUGGACUUGAGUGAAUCAAUCGUUGUGCGUGUAGUCGAGACUUAGUAGUGAAGAAGUUGCCUUUUGAAAUGUGGAUUCUCAUUCAUGUGCCACCCAACACGUCCUACGGCUGGCGUGAUUACAGUGACUUUGCUAACAAUCUAUGGAAGUCAAGAACUGGCCAAGGGGAUUUUAAUCGCAGUAAGUAACGGAAUAGCUAGAGGUGAACUCACUAGUUUACCACUUGAUUUGUAGAUUUGAAGAAUGUGUUUUUAAAAUCUCUGCUUUAAAAAGAUUCAAGCGCAGACUUAAUUGCAAGGGUUCUUUUAGGGUAUUUGAGUUCAGAUGGGCAAUCGCAACCAAAAUUAAAAAACUACAGAUUCAGCAAAGAAAUUAAGAAAUUAGGUGGCUGACAUUUAGUUGCCAAAACUCAAGAAGUAACUUAAAAACGUUCAUCCUGAUCCUGAAAUCUGACAUUCAAAUGUUAACAAACCCCCUGAUUGGAGACGGACGCUUGUCACGUUAUAUUUAUUCAGUAGGAUUAACAUGUCUUUUAUUUGUGGCCGCUGUGCAAACCAACGCACGGACCCGGCGAGCGCCUCCUAAUCAUUCGCCAGAUGUGUUCCACUGAUUCGUUUUAUUUUCUAACAUUAUGUCAAUGCUUUGCGGUUCAUUUUGCAUUGCUAAAUGCCGUUUUUUUUAAUGCUGGUUGGUGAUUCUUGUUCUCUUUGGAAACCAGCGAGGGCGCCGGUGCCUUACUGUUGUUCACUAAGCCACCUUGUGUCACAGUGUCUUAAUGUACUUCUUCUUGUACUUUUCUUUGUAAUUUGAAUUUGUAAAAUAUAUUACAAGUUAAAUAUGAUAGAGAAAGUUUAUAUGUGAUAUUAUUGUUUUAAAAGGAUCAAAGAAAAAAAG